AUGCCAUGUGAGCAAGCCUUUGCAAGUCUUGCACUGCCUCCGCAGGCGCGGGAGUGGUGGAGCACCCAAGUUAGCGAAGAUGAAGAGUUUGACACCGGUUGUUUGUGCCUGGCCAACAUUGACAAUGAGCCAAGUGGCGCCAACAAGAUCAUCACUGGAAGCUACCAGGGAAUGCUCCGCAUGUACUAUCCGAAGCAGAAGGAGUACAAAAUCGAGGACCUCAUCCUCGAGAGCAACAUGGAGGCGCCGAUCCUUCAGAUUGAGGCAGGCAGAUUUGUGCAGGGCAGUCGAGAGAUCUGCAUGGCCUUGCUUCACCCACUGAAGCUGUCAGUGUAUAUGGUGUCGGCAGUUUCGUCUGGCGGCUCGGUUAACUACUACUCCAUGGCCCUGGCCUAUGAGCACAAGCUUUCAAGGCCGGCCUUCAACAUGUGUUACGGAUGUUUUGGUGGCGUUAGAGAUCGUGAUUACUUCUGUGUCCAGUCGUUGGAUGGCGUGCUGUCCUUCUUCGAGCAGGAGUCGUUCGCCUUCAGCCGGAUGUUGACAACAAAUUUUCUGGUGCCCGGCCCCAUAUGCUAUGUGCCAAAGAUCGACAGCUUUGUCAUAUGCACCGAUGCAAUGUGUAUAGAGGCCUAUCGGUACCAGGUUCUGGCAGCUGCUGCAGACAAUGUGGACCAAACAGCAGGAGACGGCGCCCCUGGCAAGAAGGUCCAGGUCGACUGGUCUACGAACAUUGGUGAGCAUGCUCGGAGUAUCGAGGUGGUGCGCUUUAGCCGAUCCCUCUCCGCGAAUCAGCAGGAGAUUCUGGUGGUUGGCGAGCAAACUAUCUACACUCUCAAGGACAGUGGUGGCAUCCGACUCCAAAAGCGUUUGGCCGAGUAUGGAAUCACUGCCUCCCUCGCGUACAAGAUGCCGCCAGAGUCACCAGACGCCUCGGCGAAUCACAACUUGAUCCUGGGGACAAGCACAGGCCAUUGCUUGGUUCUGAAGGAGAUGCAGCUUGUAUGGUGCGCGCGCCUGCAGGGAAUGGUCCCGGCGCAAAUUUGCGUCGAUACUGUUGGUGGCGUGCGAGGCAUGGUGGUGCUGAUGGAUGGCAAAGGCAAGCUUCAAAUAUGCUAUCUGGGCACUGAUCCACCUACUGCGAGCUUGGUAAACACGGAAAUGAAGGAGUUGAAUUACGACGAGAUGGAAGAGGAGCAUCAGGAAUUGCUGCGUGUCAUUCGGCAAACGCAUGGCGACGGGGCCACAGAACCCCAAGAGAGCCUAGUGGUGGACUCGCAGGUGCCUCAGGUCCUCGACCUGGGCAUGAACGAGGACGACUGCGACGCAGAUGAUCCCGUGGGACGUUCAGACGGCAUGGUGAUGCAGCUUACAGUGAACUUGUGUGUCACUCUGGGCGGUGGCAAAGCCGUGGAGAAUGUCUCCAUCACGUUGAAGGCGCCGCAAUGCUUCGCUCUAUCGCAGACAUCCAUCUUCAUAGACAAGGUCGAGCCUGGCCGGCCACCAGUGAUCAUUCCUAUCGUCUUUCGUGUGUGGAACAAGAUCCUCUGCUCCAACUUGGAGGUAGCUGUUUGUGCAUCGUACUAUUCGCUGAACAACGAGCCUCGUACAGUCGCAUCUUCCUUCUGGUUGCCAUUUGCUUUAGUGGCCAAGCCGAUUCCGCCCGUCAAGAAUGCAAAGCACAAGAUUCAGCUGGACUGCAACAAGCAGCCUCCACAGCUGCAAGUGCUUUUUGCCGGCCUGCUCAACCAGCCGCAUGUGUCGGCUGCAGUGAGCCAGGGCAUGUCCAACCUGCUCUCCAUUCAGUAUGUCUCCGGAACGGAAGCAACCGUGCUGAUGUUGAAGAGCAGCGGGCGCUUCUGCGUACAGGCAGCAGAAUUCGCCGCUCUCUGGGUGUUGACGCAGGAGCUUUGCAACCGUCUCUAUGAAUAUUUUGGACCAGGUGGUGAAGGUGCUGCCGCAGACGACGAGGAGCCUUUCUUCAUCACUUUCCAAGACAGUUUGCCUUUGCAUGACUACUUUGCAUUGAUUGAUGAUCAUUUCGAUCUUCGACGACAUCUGGACGAACUGCGCAAAGACCUAGCAGAUCGAACGCAGCAGUACCGCGUCAUCCAGAAGAGAUUGCUGGUUCGCUUUAAGGAUCGGAACCCAUCACCGCUGAAUCAUCUGGAUACACUGCUCAACUUGACCUUCGAGCAGACACUGCUGCUUACAGAUGCCAUCGACGACGUGGAACAAGCUCUGAGAACGGUUUCUUGCCAUCUCUCGGCUGCGACGGAACUCGUGCUGUUGCUGAUCAAGUUCAGAUUCGGGAUGGACGAGGAGAAUUUCAUCGCGCUCAGAAGGCAUUUGACCCCAGAAGUUUGUGAUACCACGGAGCAGGGCUGGGAGGAGAAGGUAGACACCUCCUUGCUCCAUCUUUUGCGAACAGCGCUG